UCCAGCGGUAGGAUUGGCCUUGCAGGCCCGUAAAGUUCAGGAAUGGCCAUGGCUGUGAUGAGGGCCAGGAUAAAAAGCCAAGGUGCGUGCCUCAGCCUGGGAAUGCGCUGGCGUUGCUCAUUGCAGUGGCCGAGCACGGAGUCCCUGUCCGCCGCCCACGAGUUUUCGCGAGGAGUUCCCGGUCGGAAGGACCGCAACGGCGCACCGGCAUCGAGCCAGCGCUGGUUGCAUGCUGGAGUCGCCUUGCGUGCCAGGGCUGCACGAGAGGACAACAAUGCCGAGGACCGGCUCCAUCUCGAGGAGGUGGUCGCAGAAGCCAAACGGGUUGUGGACAACGGCACGCUGAAAGACAUGCAAGUGGUCAUGCGAAGAGUGCAGCUGGUAGAUCCAGCAGGGAAGUGGAAGGUUUGGGUUAAUAAGCCCGAAUUGGAGAAGCAGCUGCGGAAGUUUGUGGCAGAGGCCAAAGCAGCCAAAACGGCAUUGGAGGAGGACCUGCUCCUGGUGCGACAGCAGCGGAAGACGGGCCAGCGGCAGGUUGAGAGCGCCCAGCGGCAGGUUGAAAGCGCUCAGCGGCAGGUUGAGAGCGCCCAGCGGCAGGUUGAGAGCGCCCAGCGGCAGGUUGAGAGCGCCCAGCGGCAGGUUGAGAGCGCCCAGGAGCAGGAAGCGAUGGCGGUGAGGCGUCUCGCUCGAGCUGCCACCGUCUUGGAGACGGCGGAGGACUCGGGCAAUGCGACAAAGGUGCAGGAGGCGAAGAAGGAGGUCCAGGAGGCGAAGAAGGAGGUCCAGGAGGCGAAGAAGGAGGUCCAGGAGGCGAAGAAGGAGGUCCAGGAGGCGGAGAGGAAGGUCCAGGAAGCGAAGAAGGAGGAGGCGAAGGCAAGCGGCCGGACGAAGGAGUCCGAGGCGGAGCCACCCGACUCGAUAAAUCCAACAAUUGCUGAUGUCCUUACACUCCUCCGCGCCCGAUUUUGGAGACAGGCACGGAGCAGUUGGUGCGAGAAGUUGCUCGCGAAGAAGUUGAAGUUUGGAGCAGCCGACCAACUGCUUGCAACAGUUGGGGCCACAUGGGACUAUUGUGGGAAGGAGGUGCUGCGUGAAAGCAUGCAGAUCCCCAUCCAGAAGCUGCACGAGCAAAAGGGGAAGAACAGUGACAAACAGCUUCAUCCUUUGUUCAUCGCAUUUGCAGGCCCAGGGCAAGGCAAGUCCCGGUUGCUGACAGAGUUCCCGGGCCUGGUCGAGCAGUGCUUGCAGAAUGUGUCUGAAAGGCAGAAACUGAAAUUCAGCAAGCAAACGACGAGCUUCAUGAUCAGCUGCGAGAACGGCCUCUCUUCCGGGGACUGGGCCACGGAGGAGCUCAAUGCCCGACGCUUUGUGGCAUGCCGCAUGCUGUGGCAGCUGAGGAAUGCAAACAAGGAGGCUUUUCGGGAGGUCGGCGCUCCAACAGACUUUGCCGAAUUCCGCAUCCAAUGCCCUGCCGACCUCACACCCUCGCCGGUGCUUAAGUCUGUGCUGCGUGAUGAGCUCAAUCAUAGCACGGUGGUGAUCGGAGUCGACGGGAUGCAAGGUCUGCCUGGAUUUACCGAGCGCAGUGAUGCUGCGGGCAAGGACCUGCCAUUCUAUCAGGUGAUGCAGGAGGUCUGCCGCCUCAUCAACCAAAUCGAAGGUCCCUUUGUCGUAGCUUGUGUGGCCGCUUUGCAAAAUGUGAAGAGUGGACUUGCUGGCAGUCCCCAGGCCCGAGUUUUUCUGGAGCUGCCACGCGUGACCGCCGUAACCCGCAACAAACAGCCGGUGCUGCCCGGCCACCGCCUAAAAGACCUCCUGGUCGAAGACAUGGGCGGGCAUGGCAGAGCUUUGGAGUGCCUUCUAGAGGCCUUGAUGGAGAUGCCCAACGCUGCAGCAACUGCCUUGGUGGGUGCAGUUAUGAGACAAUUGAGGCAGAAGUAUCCUGACGCCACUCAGAUUGAGCCGGGUGCAGACCUCAAGGAACUGCUUCGCGCAGCUCUGUCAGGCAGAUGGAUUUUGUCUGGCGAAAUGGUCGGCAAUCUAGAUCCUGAGAAGGUGGAGCUUAUCCGCGUCAAGUUCAAGGACGGCGACUCCUCGCAGUACCGCAUCGACUUGCCCUACAUUUGGUUGUACUUGAUGCUGAGUUUGUCUAAGUUCUCUGACGAUUUGCAACCGUGGAACUUGAUGGACUACCGCUUGUUUGAGUCAGAACCAACCUGGCAACAGUGGGAAGAAUUCAAUGCCAGGUUUCGAGUGUUGCGAGCUUCUGCGUUUGAGGAUGGACAACUAGUUGACAUUGCCGAUCUACACAGGGGUGCAGUGAUCCAGCCUGACAGCUUGAAAAGCACCAAGGUCAUCAACCGGCAUCUGCAAUUUGCCAAAUCCAGGAAGCAAUUGUUGUCGAGGUCCUCAUGCUGCGGCAAUCCCAAAGCUCGGACAAAUUUACUUAAGGGACUGGGAAUGCACCAGUGCGUAGGUGUUUUGGUCGUGAAUGCUGCCGGAGCUCCAGCUGCUGAUGCCUUUCUCAUGUUGGAAGAGGUGAGGGCAGAGGGCAACAAUCACACGAUCUCUGAAUGUUUGCAAUGCAAGAAGGGCAAUUCUCCAUUCAUAGUGGAGAACGAGCGUGACAAAGCAUGCGACACAGCUGACAUCCUGGUGCUUUUGCUGACAAGGACAGAGACUGUGCCACAAACCGGCGGACAGCGCUUGAUCUUCGUAUCUGAAGCGCAGUACCAGGAGUACUUUGGCUUCUACGCUGGUAGAGCCUUCUAUCAAACCAGGGCGGCCAAACCUUGAAGGCUGAAUUGUUGCUGCUGUGCCAUUUCCUGGCCUAGAAUUGGAUCUCGGGGCUCAAAGAAUUGCGGAGCAUGAGGAAAAAAGUUUCUGGGUGCAGAACGAGCAGAUUGGGGAACCGAGGAAG